UAAAUGCACCGCGAUGGGAACCUUUGGCUUCAUCCACAAGCUUCGGGCGGUGUCCACCGCGUACAUCUGGAUGGUGUGCUUGUCCAAAGGAGCCUCCAACUUCUCGUCCUACACGUUCAGUCUGGUGAUCGUGGACUACGCGCACGAGAGCGGAGUGUUGGGCCAGAAGGCCGCGUUGAUGCCUGCUCUCUUCUCUCUGGGCUGCCUCGUGGCGACGUUGACGACGGGGCCUGCUGUCGACCGCUCCUGGGUCUCAAAGUACUCCGCCAUGAUGCUGAGCUGCGUGAUCCAGACCUGCGCCCUAAUCGCAUCGAGCGUGUGGAAGUCCUUCCCGGUGCUCGCCCUGUGCGCAUUUCUGGGGGGCGUUGGACGCGGUGUGCGCUGCUUCUUGUUCCCCGUUCUCAUCUCCGACCGCUGCUCACUGAACGACCUCCCUGCCGCUCUGUCUAUCAUGAACACCGCGUGCAGCGUGGCCCUGUUUCUCAGGACUCCAGUCAUCGGUUUUAUGCGUGACAGCAGCGGAACGUACGCUACGCUCCUAAUGUGUCUCGCAGGCAUCAAUCUCUUCCAACUGGUGGUCUGGUUCAUCUACGCUACGGUGGCGAAGUGUUACACCAGAUGAGACUGAAACGGCAAACCGCGGCUGGAGUUACUGUAGAAGGGACUUGGACAUUUGUUGGGGAACAGCGCAAUGCUAGGUGUUGCACGAAAUUCCCCAAGUAUUUCAGUGGCGCCAGUUCCUCGACAAACGUUUUCGUGAAGCCGUUACCAAACCCGCCUCGAGCGUCCCGCAAUAAACACGCCCUUGCUGAGCAAACUGUGGCCUUGAAAG